GGACCAACAAUUGUCAUACACCAACCUGAUGAGAUUAUAAACAACAUGAAUGAAUGGUGUAUACAACACCAUGGUGAAUCAGGACUCACUGAAGCUGUCAGGAAAAGCAAGAUUUCACAAGAACAAGCUGAAUAUGAGGUCUUGUCAUUUGUCCGUAAACAUACGCAUCCUGGAAUGUGUCCUUUAGCUGGUAAUUCAAUCCAUUGUGAUAAGGUCUUCCUUGAUAAGUAUAUGCCGAAGUUUAUGGACCAUUGCCAUUACCGAAUAGUGGAUGUCAGCAGUAUCAAAGAAAUAUGCAG